GUUCUCUUCGUACAAUAAAGGACAUAUCCAUCAGGGAGAUGCUCCCGGACAUCAAAUACUACAUGACGUACGAAGGAUCGACCACUCAUCCUGGCUGCUGGGAGACGACCGUGUGGAUAGUGCUGAACAAACCCAUUUACAUAACCAGACGAGAGAUGUACCACUUAAGGAAAUUAUCUCAAGGUUCAGUGGAACACCCGAAAGCUCCACUGGGAAACAACUCGAGGCCAACACAGGACCUACGCGAGCGAACUGUCAGGACGAAUAUUAAUUUCGCGCAGAGAACCGAAGCCGAUCCACAGGGUAAGACUUGCAAGCUGAACAUGCACAAAAACAUGUACUACAAAGGUGAGUGGACAUAAAUUCGUUUUGAACA